AUGUUUCAUGAAGCAAAACCCUCGUCGGCAUCGGCCAAUUCAAAAUACUUUGGAUUUGAGCCCUCUCAGGCAGAUCUCACUCAUCAUACGCAAGGUUUUUCGGUGGAACAAAGUACAGUGCAGUAUCAACAGCAAGUAGGGUACUCUCUCGAUGUUUAUGCUCCUCCACAGAGUCCUCAUUAUUUACAAUCUCAAUCGGUAAUGGGUUCUGCUGCAUCUUCUGACAAACAUGUUGGAACCACUUUUGGAGCUCAUGAACACAUGAACCAACCCUCCUCCACCACCACCACCACUCGUACGCAGCGGUCCCAAAGCAAAUACAAACCACCGACAAAAGUUAAUCCCCUCAUGGACGGUUUACAAUUUGCUCCAAUUGCCAGAAAUUUGCAAGUCGGAUCCAUCUAUAUCCUGUUCAUUUGUGGUUUCACUGCGUUGGUAAUGAUUCCAUCCGAUCCGUUGUGGCUCUCUUACAUUCCAGGUGCCUAUUGUAUUUUACUCUCAUUUGUUCUUUAUGUAUGGUGCUUUGUGAGUGAAUUCAAUAAGGAAGACAAACUUUCGGUAGAGGAAAUUCUCAAUCCAAAACAGUGGCCUCACCCAGUGAGAAAGGUAUUAAGCGUGAUAAAUCGAAAUGAAGUUCAAUGCGUGUUGUGCUUUGUGUAA